CUGCACAGAGUGCGGGUAGUGCGCUGCCCAGCCGCCGUCGGCCAUGUUUCAGUGCAUCAUCCAGCAGCGGAACGGCUGGGCGCGCGCCAGCCCUGACCUCCGUGACGUCUUCCCAGAUAUUAGAGCCCAGCUGUCAGAACAGCUGCGCUGUCUGGACUGCCGGUUGGAGUCUCAGGUGUCCCUGGUUGAAGAGCUAAAGGAUUACUUCAGGCGUCGUGCUGAAGUGGAACUAGAUUACAGCAAGAACCUAGAGAAACUUGCUCGUACCCUGCAGAUGAGACAUAAGGAACAGCGCCAAAAACGAGAACAAUGGCCACUCUUCUCUAGCUACUCUUGUUGGCAGCAGCUUAUCACACAGACUAAGAAUCUGAGCAAAGACCAUGCAGUUCUGUCUGACAUAUACUCCACUCAUGUUGUGGGCCGUUUCACGCAGGUUGCAGAGGACGUACAACGCAUUUAUCGGAGGUGCCGGGAGAUUGGCUAUGAAACGCAUGAAGAGAUCUUGCGUGUACUUCACGAACUUCACACAACAAUGAAAACUUACCACAGCUAUCAGGCAGAGUGCCGUCAAGCUGAAACAAAACUCAGAGUUGCAGAAGCACAGCGAUUGAAGCUUGAACAAAGUCUGCCGAAGGACAAGCUUGACCGUUCCAAGAAGUACCGCCUGAUUGAAAAAGAAGUACAAAAGCGCAAGAACAAGUACAAUGACGCCAAGCUGAAGGCACUUAAGGCCCGUAAUGAGUACGUGCUAUGCCUUGAAGCCUCUAACACUACUAUUCACAAGUAUUUUGUUGAUGAUCUCUCUGACCUAAUAGACUGCAUGGACUUUGGUUUCCACAACUGCAUUUCUCGAGCACUCUUAAUGCACGUGAGUGCAGAGGAAACAUGUGCACGUUCUCUGCAAGUGGGUCUGGACCAGAUGACAAGCUCUGUUGGUGCUCUCGACUCGCGACUUGAUAAGCAGAGGUUUCUUGAGGCUCAUCACUCAGCCUUCCUCAUCCCAAAGAAGUUUGAGUUCCAGGGUCAGCGAGAUGAGGGUGCUGACAGUGAGCUACAGAAGUCCCUCCGUGAUGAACUUGAUGCACGACUGCGACAGUUGCAGAAUCGUGUCACAUCCUUAAGGACUGAAUCUGAAGAAGUGUGGAAGACAUUAGAAACUGCAGAAUCUACUCUGCUGGAGAUGCUGGAUGCUCGUGACUAUGAUUGUACCUCAUACUUCAACGAAUCCACUACCAGUGCUGCAGUCACAACACGACAGCCUGAAGCGCUGUCCCUUAAAUUACGAGCAGAUCGCCACGAGACUGAAGAGUUUUACAUGACGAAAUUCAGAGAGUACCUGAUGAGCACAUCUCGUAUUGCCCGAUUGGACGCAAAGCAGGAGUACCUGAGAGGACUUUUGGAGAAGGAACGUUCAGGAGACGGCUCUCCGACAUCCUUACGAUCAGGCACAGGGGCUGGUCCCCCUGGUUCAGGGAAUGGAAAGCCGCCACGUCGAAAACGGAUAGGUCGGCCUCAGUUGGGUGGUCAUGGGCAACCAAAGUUAUUUGGAGGGAGCCUGGAAGAGUUUUUGGAAGCCACGGGUCAUGACAUUCCUUUGGUGUUGAAGAGUUGCAUAAGGGUUAUCAACUUGUAUGGUCUUCAUCAUCAGGGAAUAUUUAGAGUGUCUGGUUCCCAAGUGGAGAUAAACAAUUUCAGGGAUGCAUUUGAACGUGGAGAAGACCCACUGGCUGAUGUUACUGAUGCCUCGGAUAUAAAUUCAGUGGCAGGAGUGCUCAAACUAUACUUGAGAGAGCUUCGUGAACCUCUCUUUCCAAUAAUAUAUUUUGAGCAUUUCAUGGAAUUGGCACAGCUGGAGUCUAAACAUGAGUUUGUUGUGAAAAUGCGAGAACUAGUCCAGAGCCUUCCGAGAUCUGUGGUUAUUGUAAUGAGAUAUUUAUUUGCAUUUCUGAACCAUCUUUCAGAGUUCAGUGAUGAGAACAUGAUGGAUCCAUACAAUUUGGCAAUUUGCUUUGGUCCCACAUUGGUACCUGUGCCAGAAGAAAAGGAACAGUAUCAAGUACAGUACCAGAAUCAAGUUAACGAACUCAUCAAAAACAUAAUACUUUACCAUGAGGAUAUAUUUCCACUUGAUGGAGGGCCUGUAUAUGAGAAAUUUAUUAGUAAAGAACCAGACGAAAAUGAUGUUGGUGACUCUCCAUCUGACCAUAUCCCGGAGGACAUGGAUUCUGAAGUGUAUCCUUCAGAGGACGAAUCAGAAUGCAUGGAGGCGACUGCACAAUUUGACUUCAUGGCACGCUCAGAUCGUGAACUGAGCUUCAAAAAAGGAGACCACUUGGUGCUGUUUUCACAAGUUUCCAAUGACUGGUGGCGUGGCAGCAUAGAUGGUCGUGAAGGACUUGUGCCUGACAAAUAUAUUCUUCUCAAAAUCAGGGAUGAGGACAGAGAGAAACUGGAAGGCACCGGGCUGCGUUCCAGCUCAUCAGAGGAAUCCGUACGGCGGCGAGCGUCUGCCUCUGGGUCUGAGGGCUCUGUGCCGUCAGGCUCAGGGUCGUCACCGUCGCCACUGGCUGCUGUCGCACCGUCAGCGUGGCCACUUCCCCUUGCGGAUACUGCUCAUCAAGAGAUAGUCAACCAGGUGACUCCAGCAGCAGAAGCAGCUCAGGCCCCUGAGGAAGAAAGUACAGAAACGAUGGUCCCUGCUGAUGUGCGAUGCCAGUCACCUCUUCCCAAUGUGAUACAGACUCCAGAAAUGGAGGAAGCUGGUGCCAGUGACAGUGGAGCAACACAGGAGGCCCCAUUAGCAGCAAGCAGCCCAUCAGUUCCUGUUGCUCCCAGCCUCAGCCCACCAGCCGUUGUUAAUUUUUCGCAGAGCCGCGAGAUUUGGCGCCGCAGGGCUGAAGCGGCUUCUGCCUGUUCGCUUACGCCUAAGCCUACCCAAGCUCCCUCACCUGUCCCAUCACCGUCACCCGUACCGACACUUCGACAGAAACAGACCCCUGAUCUUGUGAUGGACUUGCCUGACAAGUCACCGUCGCCACCCGACGAAAGCAAUCGAAGUACUGGACCGGAAAGUCCAGAUAUGACCACUGCUGCUGAGCGUUUUGCCAAACAGAACCAGUGUACACUUAAAAAGAACACAAAGGUCAGUAGUGUGGCAUCUGCAUGUCCUGCAGCUGGUACCCAGCAACAAACAGAUGCACAGACACAGACACAACGUGCACGUCAGGCUGUCUCUCCUGCAACCAAACCUGCUCCACCACCAUCAAAGCCUCAGGUAAAAGUCAAGCCACAAGUCUUGAGAAAGCCAGUUCUGCCAGCAGCACCAGUUCAACCCUCACCAGAACCCAUUCGUAAGGAUAGGCCUACCUCUCAGGAACAACAUGCAGCAGACUGAAGAGGCUGCAGUUACAGUCAGUUGAAUUGGUGCUAAAUUGUUUGCACUAAUACAGGAAUUAUAUUAUAUUAUAGUCAUCCUCAAGAUACAGUAAAGAUGUACCUUCAGAUUUCUUUUCAAAAAAUAAAACUCUUGCUUUGUGAACUUUUAUCCACAGCUGCAGUUAUGGCCAUGUACAGACAAUACUCAACAUAUAUGUACUUUGCAGUGUGUCAUGGUGGCCUUGCCAAUUGGUGGUGCCUGGUACUCCCUCCUUGCUAAAGUAAUAUAGUAGUGACAUUUAUGAUAGUGUGUGUAUAUUAGUUAGUCUGAAUAAAAAUAAAAGGAUUGCAGAGGUUAUUUAACAUUUUGUGGCAGUAAAGAUGUUUGUUACAUCAAGAUAUUUUUUAUCCUUAAUGUGUGUAAUGUUAGUGAUGUGGCUGUGCUAGUAUUGUGCUGAAUUUUUUAUGUAUGGCUCUUCAUAAAGCAAUCCCUUUCAUAAGCUUUUAUAACUUCCUUAUUGCUGUCUAACUAUGAGUUUAUUUGUAUUCUCUACCAUUAGUACUUUUCAUCAUUUGCAUCCCUGUCAUAUGUACAAAGG